AUGCACAACGUGCACGAAGCCCCCAACCCACCCCAGAAGAAAACGCAGAAGGUGGUCAACACCCACAACAUCAACGGCGACUUUGGCAAGUCCAUAGACGAGCUCAAAAAGGGACACCUGGAGGAGGAAGAGGCCAAGGCCAAGGAGCUGGAGGAACAGUACCAGAACCGAGGCGAGGCCCAGGCCGUGAGCGGCUCCGAGACUGAAGACGAGGAGCCCUCCCACACGGAAAUCAUUCUGCCGUCCAACUCGGCCACCCCCUUCGUCAUGAAGGCCCCUUCUCUCAUGCAUUCGUCCCCUGGUUCCAACCCAGACCCCAACAUCCAAAUUGCAUUCGACUACCCCGCUCUCCGUCAGCAGACGGAGCGAGCCAACGCCACUCUAGUUUCGCUGGUCCGAAACAAGGAGCUCAAACAGAUGGUGCGCACGGUCAAGAACUACGAGGACCGCUUCAACCACAAGUUCCGCUACGACUGGGUCUUCCUCAACGAUGAGCCCUUUGACGACGACUUUAUCGAGACAAUGACAAACCUCGUGUCGGGUAAAGCCAAGUUCGGACUUGUCCCUAAAGAACACUGGUCUGUACCCUCCUGGGUUGACAAGGAGAAGGCAGACAAGGCGAGAAAGGCCAUGGCCGAGCAGGUCAUCUACGGAGACUCGGAGUCAUACCGACACAUGUGCCGAUUCAACUCUGGCUUCUUCUUCCACCAUCCUCUCAUGCAGGAAUACAGAUACUACUGGCGUGUGGAGCCCGAGACCGCCAUCCACUGCGACGUCAACUACGACAUUUUCCAGUUCAUGCAGACCAAUAACAAGACGUACGGCUUCACCAUCACCUUGCUGGAAAACCCUCUCACGGUUGCGUCUCUGUGGCAGGAGACCAAGGCUUACACCAAGGCUCAUCCCGAGGUGCUGGCCAAGGAUAACCUGCUCAACUGGCUCUCGUACGAUAAGGGUGAGAACUACAACAUGUGCCACUUUUGGUCUAAUUUCGAGGUGGCCGACAUGGACUUUUGGCGGUCGGAGGCGUACCAAAAGUAUUUCGACCAUCUGGACAAGUCCGGUGGGUUCUUCUAUGAGCGGUGGGGUGAUGCGCCUGUUCACUCCAUUGCCGCAGCUCUGUUUCUGCCCAAGAGCGAAGUGCAUUUCUUUAACGACAUUGGAUACACGCAUCCUCCCUUCACUCACUGUCCCAUUGAUGGCGACACCCGGAAGGAGGGCAAGUGUUCGUGUCUUGCUGAAGAGACGUUUGAUUGGAAGCCGUGCUCGUGUCUGGGGCGGUAUCUGGACGUUCAGCGAAUCAAGCGGCCCCAUGACUGGGAGAACUAUAGUGACUGGUAG